AAGCAGCGAGUCGCCAUUGCCCGUGCCAUUGUCCGCAAGCCCAACAUUUUGGUGCUGGACGAGGCCACGAGCGCGCUGGAUAACGAGAGCGAGAAGAUUGUGCAGGCAGCGCUGAACAACCUGAUGGCCACGACCAACAUGACCACUCUCGUAAUCGCCCACCGGUUGAGCACCAUCCGCAACGCGGACAAGAUCGUGGUGUUGAAUGAGGGCCACAUUAUCGAGCACGGCGUCUACCAGAACAUGUACCGGAUCCAGGAGCUGCGAUCUCAGGAGGAGCAGCAAGAAGCGGAGAAGCGUGAGGCCGAGAACGGACUAGAGAUGAGCGCGGUGGAGAAGAACUUCUUGGACAAGAAGCCGUUCAACCUGUUUGAUUUACUGAAACUCAACGGACUCGCGCGGAACCACUUUGUCUUUGGGCUGGUCGGUUCCUGCGUCGGAGGCAUUGCGGUGCCAGCUUCAGCCCUAUUAAUCACGGGCAUGAUCACUGCUAUGACGGAACAAUACGCGCUCUUCGAGAGGACCUGGGGACCGAUCUCACCUGACAACGUUGUACAACGACGUAGAGCUAAUGUUGGCUUUUUCGACGAGAAGGAGAACGCGACUGGCGCGUUGACUGCUGAUUUGGCUACGAACGCCACCAAGGUUUCGCUGAUGUCUGGAGAGUCCCAAGCUGCGUUUAACCAAGCUGUCUUCACUUUGAUCGCUGCGCUUGUCAUCUCCUUCGGGUUCGGAAGUUGGCUGCUAUCGCUCAUCAUGCUGGUGCUUAUCCCCAUGUUGAUUUUCGGGGAGGUGGCGCGUAUGAAGGAGAUGGAGGAUGCUGGUUUGAUUUCAGAUGACUUGGCAAUCCCAGGAGCCCACGCGUCAGAAGUCCUUGGGAACAUCCGCACGGUUUCCGCUUUGGGUAUCGAGAAGAAGUCUGCCACCACGUUUAAUGAGCUGCUUCAAGAACCGCUGCGCAAGGGCCGGAAGGAAGAGCAGGUUAGUGGUCUGUCGCUGGGAUUCAGCUCCUUCAUCAUGAUGGCCACGUAUGCGCUCGUGUUUUGGUUUGGAGCCAAGAAGGUGAACGACGGCACCAUUGGUUUUGCGGAGAUGAUGCGGACAUUGAUGGCCAUCACGAUGUCGAUCCAGACGGUCAGUUUUUGCCUCCCGAUUCUUGACUGA